AUGUCUGACAGUUUGAAUAAUAUGCUUCAAAGUGACAAUAUUAAUCAUGAACUUCAGUCUGAAGGUGAUCACAAUAUAACUGAGACUACACCUGAUGCACAGCCAUUACUUGGGCUCACAUGGCUCAGAAUAAAAAAUCAAAGGGGGAAACAGCCCGCCAAGCCAAGGAAACCAAACUUUAAUUCUGAUGAAUUAGAGAUACUAGUCGACGAGGUUGAAAAGAAUAAAAUCCUCCUCCUUGGCAAACUCACAGAUACAGUAACAAACGAGAGGAAGAAAAAGUUGUGGGGCACAAUAGCGGCAAAAGACAGUGCAGUGGGGGACCAUAAGAGAUCGUCCGAUGAUAUGAGAAAAAAGUGGCAAGAUUGGUCCAGCAUAACAAAAGGGAGAAAAGCCAAGCAACUAAGGGAAAGUUCUGCAACAGGCGGUGGACCCCAAGUUGUGGAACAUUUUACACCACUUGAAGAAAGAGUUUUGAACAUCAUGGGUGCAACUGCUGUAGAAGGGCUUUGUACAGAGCUAGAUUCAUUCCUUCCUCAAACCAUAGACACCGAUAAUAUUGAUACAAGGCUCAGUAUAGAGAAGGACAGAUUGGGGGUAAAAAAGCGAUUAGAAAUUGAAAUAGAACACUUGAAUGUUGACAAAGACAAACUUCAAGUUGAGAGUAGUAUCGAUGAAAAAUUAUCAAAGCUUGUAGAAAAACAUGAUCCCAAGGUUGGAGAUGAAUAUGUUGAACCAUCCAAGUUUACACAGGCAUCAGGCAGCUUUCAAUAUUCUGGAAGUGUUCCACAACUUUUUAAAUUGUGA